CACGGUUAUUAUCAACUUGUUGAACAACACAGCGGCCCUAGCUUUUUCGACGGUUUCGACUUCUUCACCGAGGCUGAUCCUACGAACGGCUCGGUUGCCUACACUUCGAGACUUACUGCUGCCCCUAACGAGCUCAUCGGCGUCGUCCUCAACGAGGAUGGUUCCGAGCCAUCUGCUUACAUUGGCGUCGACUCUACUACGAUCACUGCCCAUCGCCCUUCUGUUCGUCUGACCAGCAAAAAUUCCUAUGACCACGCUCUGGUGCUAGCUGAUAUCAAGCACAUGCCUAGUGGUUGUGGUGUAUGGUCUGCACUGUGGAUGACGGUUAACGGUCACGAUUACAACCAAGCUACCCUCCACACUUCCGCCAAUUGUGCCACCACAGGCACUAACAGCGGCCACCCUGAUCUCUUCUCUGGAACACUUAUAACACCCGACUGCGACGUCAGCUCUCCUGCACAAAACAAUGCCGGCUGUGGCAUCCGCGCACCCUCAAACGACACUUUCACCGUCGGCAACGAGAGCUGCAUCCACUCCACCGCUGGCGACAACUUCAACGCUCAACAAGGCGGCAUCUACGCAACCCUCUGGACCUCCACCGGUGUCUCCAUUCACUUUUUCCCUCGCGAGUACAUUCCCAACGACAUCAAAUCCAACACUCCUGANCCCUCUUCCUGGACCACUAAGCCUCAGGCAGUGUUCUCUGGCAACGGAUGCAAUUUCGAUGCUCACCUUAAAGACCUGCAACUCGUCAUUAAUACUGAUUUUUGCGGCGAUUGGGCUGGCAAUACUUGGGAGGCUGAUGGAUGCGCUGCUAAGACUGGUGUUGCUACUUGUGCUGAGUAUGUCGCUAAUAACCCUAAGGCUUUUGAAACUGCAUAUUGGUUGUUUAACUCAAUUAGAAUUUUUUCGAACGAGACUGUGACGCUUGGGGCUGAUAAU